AUGGCGGUUCGCGCACAGAAACAUUCCUCGAACCAAACCAUCCUCGCUUCAAAUUCGAUCACACCAAAUAACUUCUCAGAAUUCGGAACAGUAAUUCAAAACCCUUCCACGCAUUCUCAAACCGAUCUCGACGAUAACGGGCAAUGGAGGUUAGAAUUCUCUGUCGCGAAUCAAGGGACUGCGACCAAGUGGAUCGACGCUACCUAUCUUGAGAAUUAUUAUGAUAGAGCGGCGAGUGGUAAAAGUGCGAAGGUGGUUGUGAACAUGUUUGUUUCUAAAUCAAGAACGCUAAAAGAUGGGAAAUACUUUGAUGUGAAGAUUUUGGAGAGACAUCCGUUUACAAGCCAGACUUUUGUUCCUAUGGGUGUGGGAAAGAAUGAUGAGAAUACUAAGUAUCUUGUCAUUGUUGCUCCGACUUUGCCUUCAGGAAGGGGAAGAGGGAGUAGGGAUAAGCCUUAUCCUACGCAAGAUAUCAGGAGGAAGAAGAGUUUGAAAGAGAGGUUAUUGGGUGCGAGACCUAAUCCUUUUACGAAUGAUUAUUCGAGUUCGACAACGCCUGCUGUAUCGGAAAGGGGAGUGGAUAGGUGGAGGAGGCCGAAAGGGAGCGGCGAGCCUGAUUUGGAGAAUUUGAGGGCGUUCGUCGUGAGAGGUGAUCAGGCUGUAACCUACGGACCCGGGACAUGGCACGCGCCGAUGGUGGUGCUGGGAGAAAAGGAGAUCGAAUUUGUGGUUAUGCAGUAUGCGAACGGAGUCGGUUUGGAGGAUUGCCAGGAGAUUGAUAUUGUGGGAGGCGAGUUGAGGGUGGAUAUCGGCGCUAAGCCUGCAGCAGUUAAAGGUGUGGAUGAGGAUGAAUCGAGUAAGCCUGGAUAUAUGAGGGCAAAAUUAUGA